AUGGCUUUUUCCCGUGCUACGGCUCUCGCAAGCUCGCCCACCCAUCCUCCUCUGCCCCGGUCCCUCCCGUGCCCCCUCGUGGCCGUGUUUCCCGCCGCAUUUUGCGGCUGCAGACCUCUCGCCCCUUCUUCCGCCUGCUCUCGUAGGACCCUCUUUGAUCUGCUACCUGGGCCUCCCCUUCCUCGGUUCCCUGCUCUUGCCGUCGUGCGGCGGUCUGACCUCCGUGUUGUCUUUCCUCUUCUAGAUCCGGCUGUGCUUGCAGGUCCCGCCGUGAUGACGGGCAAACGUCGCCGUCCCUCCCAUCCGGACCGCGAGGUGGGCUCUGCCGCUCCCAGCCCGUCGAGGGCCCCGGAAGGGCUGGCGCCAGUCCUGCUCUGGGCCGCCGCUGCGCUGGUUGAGCACGAGGGGGCCGGGAAGCCCGCCCGGCACCGUGAGCCGAUCUAUCGUUCUCCCCGCGGGCGGACUCAUCCCCACCUCCGGGCCCGCAGUGGUUCGUUCCGUCGCCGCCGUCCGCCUCGUCCUGCCCCCGCCGUCCAGAGGGAGAUUGUGGGCCCUCUGCAACCCUCGCCGCCGUCCUUCUUGCGCCUCGGUGCUUCGUCCGUACUGUCGCCGGCUGUGUCGCUGCAGUUGUCGCAGCAGCUGUCGUGUGGCGUCGCUGUGCCCCCUCUAUCGCUGUUGCCGGCUCCCCCUGCGAUGUCGGGCCCGCUCCCUGCUCCGCUGCCCUCCUCCUCUCCUCCUCUGGCGCCUCCUCCGUUGUCGUCGUCGGCCGGGGCACCCCUCGUGAGCCACCCGUCUUCGUCGCUUCCCUCCGCCUCUCCUCCUACCGUCGAGCCCCCGCAGCGGCAGCAUCCCCUGGUUCCGUCUGGGCCUGAUCCUGAGGCUCGCUUUCCUCCUCCUCGUGCCCGAUCUUCUGAGCUUACUCCCGAUGCUUCUGACCCCGAGGACGACGAGCGGUGGUGGAAUGGGGAGCUGUGGGAGUCCCCCCCCCAGCCUGCGACUCUGUGGGGUCGCGAGUGGGACAUCCAGUCCGAUGUUAUGAAGGACAUCCUUCGCUGGGAGAAGCGGAUGGUGGCGGUUGGGGAGUGCAUGUCGCACGUGGCGACCGUUCUCGAGCAGUUGCACGCUGGCUUGGUGGCGCGGAACCUCGUUCUCCGUGAUCCUCAGUUGACGGAGCCCCAGCAGGGUGUAGUCCGAGAGGCGGCGGCGCAGGGUCUUUGUCGCCUCCUCCGCUUGCCCCUGGAGCCCGAGUUCCCCGAGCAGGACGAGGGCCCUGGCACGCGGGCUUUCCGGCGGGUAGCCAAGGCUACGGAGGAGUCUCCCCUUGAGCUUGUGCCUGUGCUCGCUGUUCUCUUGCGCUGGAUGCGCCGGUGGUUUUACGUGCUGAACCGCGUGUAG